GGACAGGGCAGCUGCAUUACCUAGGGUCUGUAAAUUGCCCCUUUUUACAGGCCAUACCCCUCCAUUGAUAUCUUUUUCUUGGUACUCAUUUUUGUCCUCAUAAACCUCGCCAUUUCAUGAACUGUAUCCAUUCAGUUCACGCAACUAUCAAAAGAAUAAACCAGUUAAAUUAAGAAGAACGGCUUACUAAAACUAUCAUGUACUAGUAGUACCUACGCAGUACAUUCUCCUCCUUUUUUCUAACAUAUUUACUUAGCAUCUAGUAGACUAACUAACUGGCUGGCUGACACUGAUAGCCCUAGGCCAGGAACUCAGAACACUUAGUGAAGUAUGCCAAUCAAGAAGAUGAAUCAUCUCUAUCCGAUAUGUUCUCUGUGUCAUUCUAGGUUAAAUAUGUAGCCAGGCUACAGGAUUCGAUCCGCAUAUGUAGCUAGGCUACAGGAUUCGACCCGUAUAUGUAGCUAGGCUACAGGAUUUGAUCCGUAUAUAUACUCGGCGUACCGAGUCAUUACAUACCUACUACCUAGGUUAGGUGACUGACUAUCCCUUCAAGAGUCCAAGUAUACAUAGUACAUCAUGUCAGCCAUCAAGAAAGUAGCUAUCUUUGGCGCAUCAGGCAACUUCGGUGCCCCCAUCACCACUGCCCUCGUCAAAGCUGGCUUCGAGGUCACUAUCAUCACUCGUCCCGCAUCUUCCUCAACCUUCCCAGACGGGAUCCCCGUCAUCAGGACAGACUACACAGCCGAGAAGCUUACGGCGGCACUCUUCGGCCAGGAUGCCGUGGUCUGCGUCAUCGGCCCCGCCGGCGUCGAGACCCAGGCCACGAUGAUCGAUGCCGCCGAAGCUGCGGGCGUCAGGCGCUUCAUCGUGAACCACUUCGGCUGGGGCCCCGGCUUCCGCAACUUGCCGGAGUUCGACGAGAUUGGGGCGAAGAGGAAAGUUGCUUUGGAGCGCGCGAGGCAGCUCUCUCAGUCGAACUCCGAGUUCACUUGGACUAGCAUCAGCAUUGGGAAUCCUAUUGACUGGGCGCUUCGACGCUUCCCUCUAAUGGGCUUCGACGUCAACCAACGCUCCGCAACAAUCUACGAUGAAGGCACCGAGGAGUUCACCGGGACCACACUAGCCGGGAUCGGGCAGUCCGUCGUCGGCGUCCUCACACACCCAGCCGAAACCGCAAACCGCUUCGUCCUGGCGCGGUCCAUCCAAGUGUGCCAAAACCAACUGCUCGACGCAUUCCAACGGGUCACGGGGCAGGCUUGGAAGGUCGAGCAUGGCAGCGCCAAGGAUCUGCUUGGGAGCGGGAGGAAGAAGCACCGAGAAGGCGCCGGGAGAUGGGGCCUGGAUCUGCUCGUGUAUCAGCUCUACGCCCCGGGCGAGGCGCGGUGUGUCCUGGCGUCGAAGGAAGACUCGGACGCGGGGCUGCUCGAGAUCGUGGAGGAAACGCCCGAGGAGAUUGCUCGCAAGGCGAUGGGCGCUGUUGUUGAGUAGGGGAUGUGGGAUAUGCUUGGCUGUCUUCUUGUGGCACUAUACGGGUUUCAAGUAAUCACUGCCCGUCUAUCUUGGAAUAUAUCAAGCCAGGGCGGGAAGCCAAAGGGAAACUAGAGCAUACCUAUGAUAACACCUCGCGCGAACAACAACGAGCUAAGCCAUUACCUGCAUAGUAACGUAAACGUAGGUAACUCGGCGUUUGCCGUUUAAAGUUAGUGCCUGCUAUGUAGAAAGAAAGAAGUAGGCUAGGCUCUUCCAAUGUUGAGUUUUGAGAUUCUACACAAUUGAUGGUUGAGGUAAAAAGGUGUACCUAUUGUAUAGUAUUAGGGAGAAGGACUGUGCCAACAAACGGCGAAUCCAUCUACCUAACCUACAUCGAUCUAAUCUAGGUUAUAAACGUAUAUGUAGGAGUGCGAACCC